CUCCACCAAAUCCUGAAACAACAUCCUCCUUUCCUUUUUCGCUCUUUUCAAUCAUGGCCGGCUUUUGACAGGGGAAAUCAGGGCUUCGUUUUUACCCGCUACUCCUUCAUUACCGUCUCUUGAAUCUACCAUACCGUUGCCACACGACAAACCGUUAUUUUCGGGUCCCCAGCAUCUGCGCCCUGCGCACGCCACUCUCAUUCCAAGGAGUCACUCUCUUCUCUCCUCGCUGCGAACCCACGCGUCGCUCAAUUCGCCGUUCGAGCACAAAGGUGGCCACCGCUGCGCCCUCACUGUCCUUACCGCGUCCGGUCUUGAGGAUAGCUCUUCCCAACGGCUUCUCUCUAUCGCCCUGACCCUCGAUUGCAUUGCAUACUCGAAGAAGUUCUCAUUCGCGCCUGUUUCUUCCUCAAUCGGUCCCCAAGUGUCUCUAUGCGACCUGUAUCUACUCGAGGCCCGUCGAUUCUGGUGGGCAGACAUUCAACGCGACACCCAGUCUUCCCGCAUAGAUGGUUCGCGCAAUGACCACCUUAAAGCCACAGCUUGUCAGAGCUGAUACCCUGGAUCUGCAAGACCACACCUCGCCGUCUGCCAAAGACCACUCGAGACAACCCGCACACCCUUCACCAUAUGGUUAUGGUCCUGCGGCUCCACACCAAGCCCAGACUUUGCGACAUGCCGAACAAGAGUCAUAUCAAGAGCAACAUGCAAGCCCGAGGGCCUCAGAAGACAGAGCCAAUUCAGGUUUUCAACAGUCAGACCAACAUUUCUAUGACGACCUAGACGAUGACCGAGACGACGAACAUCCCAACGCCCAAAAUGCGACGAAUGGAGCCGGAUACCAUGGGCAGGACCUGGACGAUGGCGAUGGUGGUGACUCCCAUGACGAGGACAUGGACGAUGACCUGAUGGACAAAAUCUCGAGCUCCCCUUCGAUUGAAGAUGGUAAAUACUCCCUUCCCCAAUGGCCGCCCCGGGUCGAUUCUGUGGAUUCUGAAGCUUCCCCGGCUUCACUAUCGACGCCGACUCGAGGCGAUUCCUUAUCUUCAUCACCGUUCUCUUCUACACCUGAGCAUUUUCCCUUGCGCCCAUCGCAAUCGUGUUACGCGGCAAGUCAUCAUGGUGAGUAUAUCGAGGGCCUGGGUCAAGCGAGAUCGGCCCGUGACGUUGUGGAUGAGCGGGCAGAAUCUUGUAAGGGCUCGUCACCUAUGCUAGGACUGGGGUUGGCAGCAGUACAACAACCCUUCCUUCCACUCUCCGAAUCUCAGGAAUUUCGGCGGUACUUGUUGCCGCUGGACGACCCUCUCUUGGCCUGCACGGUGGAGGAUUACGGCGACGAUUUCCUCUAUGACGAGGAUGACGAGUGGGAAGACGAAGACUCUUGCCUUCCCGGGCUCGAGGAAAGUUCUGAUGAUGACACCGAUGAAUUUCAAUUUUCCGUCGACGACCGCUUCAUCGACUCUGGUUGGGGAGGAGAAUGCUUACGAGAAAUAGAGGAUAUCGAUUUCGAGUUUGUGUAUGCACUGCACACCUUUGUCGCGACGGUUGAAGGUCAGGCCAAUGCCACAAAAGGUGACACCAUGGUGUUGCUUGACGAUAGCAACAGUUACUGGUGGCUAGUUCGGGUCGUGAAGGACGGCAGCAUCGGCUACCUGCCCGCCGAACAUAUUGAAACACCUACCGAACGACUGGCUCGGCUCAACAAGCACAGAAAUGUGGAUUUGUCCGCGCAAAUGCUAGGGGAUAACCCUGAGAAAUCGAAGAAUCCGCUGAAAAAGGCCAUGCGCCGGCGGAACGCCAAAACAGUGCAGUUUGCGCCUCCAACCUAUUACGAGCCUUCAGAUUAUGAGUACUCUGACGAGGAGGAAGAAGAAGGCGAGGACGGCCAGCUCGACCAGGUUGGAAUGGACAAUUCUGAUGACGGUGAUAACGCGGAAGAUCAGCAAGAGGCUUCGGCGGCUUCGGCUGAGACUCAGGAGCCACGAGAUUCUACCGCAGUCAAUGGCAUUCAGCGGGUAACCAGUAACGACAGCUUGAAGAAUGAAACAGCGUCAAGCCCGGUCAAGGCUCAACAGUCACAAUCCAACUCAGAGGCCAAGCAGACCGACGAGCCGGUUCUGCGAUCGAGGAAAGGGGUCGUCAGAAAUACCGACUCAUUUUUCAAGGACGACACAGUCGAGACGAAGAAGAUCUCUCUAACACCACGAUUACUACGAGGUGAUUCUGACUCUGGUGGGUCCACCGAACAGGAAGUCCGCCAACGCCCAAGCCUGGAGACUUUCGAUAAAAUUGUUGGCGUGGAUGACAAAUCGAAGGAGAAAAAGAAGGAGAAAAAGGGUAUGCUCAGUGGGCUCUUCAAGCGGAAGAAGGGCAUGCCACAGGAAGAGAGCGAAAAGGUUCUGGAAGACCCUCGUCAAUCUCCAGGGUCGAAGGACUCUAUGGAGUCCUUGACCAUAAAGCCGGAAACUGGCCCUGAACGCAGGCCGAGCAAAUUGCAAAAGACACCGCCAGGCAUGUCACCGAAGGCGUCACCCACCGAAGCACGACAUCCGCAGCAGUCACUCGGACAGACACCUCCAGCUCCAACCGGGCCCGCACCUGAACCGCCAACAGUCCGCAGAGUCGAGCCUGAUGGUCAGCAUCCCGAUACGUCGGUGCAAUCUCAGCCCGUACAAGUCAACCGAUUUCCUUCUCUUACCGAAAAGAGGACGAUUUCCUCGCCGGCCACAACAGCCCUGAAGCCUACUCCUUCCAUCAGCCCAGACAGCGGAUCUCCCGUCAAGCCAAUCUACACGAAGCGAGCGAAAGAGCGCUUUGCGAUAGACGAAAGUGAUUCAGAGACAGACGACAAGAAUAUAACAGUGGAUGAUCGAGGUCGCCAGAGUGUUUCGCCUGCUCCAGACUUACAGGCACAGCAACCUCGAUCAGACUCAGCCUCCCAAGUUUUGGCCCCGGCAGCCGUAGCACCUGGAAAAUUCGGGGACAAUAGAUUCCAAGCUCAACCGCCCGCAGUUUCGAGUUCGUCCCCGUUACCUCAAGAGCCUAAUCCAUCAGAAUCAGAAGGAACUGCUAGCACUUCGAAACCGUCGCCUUCCACCACAACACAUACACCGUCAACUUCGAGGUCGACACCGACGUGGUCAGACGCGUCGUUAAGAUCAUACAUGGAAAACAGUCAGGACAUCAAAGACCUUCUCAUCAUUGUGCACGACAAAUCGAAUGUCAUGCCGGUGGGCCCAGACCAUCCCUUGAUGCACAAUCUCUUCAUCGAUGAGCGGACAAAGCUGGCUGAGAUGCAGUCACAACUUGACACUAUGCUGAUGUCCUGGAUAUCGAAGAAGAACGGGACGAUAAUGCCUCCCACGACUUGAUCAACAGCGAGCUUGAGCUUGGUUGAUUUUCAUAUUGACUAUUGUACAGUUUCGAUUCUCGGCAUGCCAGAGCGGCUGCUCGGCAUUGUACCAUUAGGGCCUGGUGUUCUUUUCAUUGAACUGUGUCACGACGAUAUACCUAGGAAAGAAUGAACGAUGAGCGAUCGGAGAUACACAUAGGUUAUGCAUGUGUACAGGCAUUUCUUCCGCGACAUUGCGGACGGUCUAUUCUAUUGGAAAGGCGGAAAAGGAGGAACAACCGUGGCAUGGAAUGAGGUUUCAUUUGUGGAUAUUGGCUUCAAUUUGCCAGCGAUAGCUUCGAAUUGGCCCGAGUGUUUGGGUGACAAGACAUAUCGUUUGUGAACGCAAAAUGCAUCGAGCAC